CCUGAGAAACCCAUUAUAAACUUUGUCUGUGGGAGGGCUGGUCUCUUCCUGAAACCGGGGACAGACAGAGAAGAGGAGAUGGGGAAUCGCCACGCCAAAGAGAAAAGCCAUCUGGGCUUUGACGCAGACCGAGAUGCCAAAACGCUGUACAAAGCCUGCAAAGGAAUGGGAACGAACGAGACAGCCAUCAUCGAAGUCUUAUCAAUCAGGACAUCCGAGGAGAGGCAACAGAUAAAGCGGAAGUACAAGGAGAAGUAUGGCAAGGACUUAGAGGAAGUGCUCAAAGGUGAACUGAGUGGAAACUUCGAGAAGACGGCUUUGGCCCUUCUGGACCGUCCCAAUGAGUAUGCCGCGCGGCAGUUGCAGAAAGCCAUGAAGGGCUUGGGCACCGAUGAGGCUGUGCUCAUAGAGAUCCUAUGCACACGAAGCAAUAAGGAAAUUGUGGCCAUCAAAGAAGCCUACCAAAGGCUAUUUGGCAAGAGCCUUGAAUCUGACGUCAAAGGCGAUACAAGCGGAACUCUAAGAAAAAUUCUGGUGUCCGUGCUGCAGGCCAGUCGGGAUGAAGGGGAUGCCGUGGACAAGGACCUAGCUGGUCAGGACGCCAAAGAUUUGUAUGAUGCAGGGGAAGGCCGCUGGGGUACCGACGAGCUGGCAUUCAAUGAAGUCCUGGCCAAGAGGAGCUACAAGCAGCUGCGUGCCACCUUCCAGGCCUAUCAGAUUCUCAUUGGCAAGAACAUGGAAGAAUCCAUCGAAGAAGAAACAUCGGGAGACUCGAAGAAAGCCUAUUUAACUAUAGUGAGAUGUGCCCAGGACCUCGAGGGCUAUUUUGCUGACCUACUGUACAAGGCCAUGAAGGGCAUGGGGACAGAUGAGGAGACACUAAUUCGCAUCAUUGUGACCAGAGCUGAGGUAGACCUUCAGGGGAUAAAAGCCAAGUUCCAGGAGAAAUAUCAGAAGUCUCUCUCUGACAUGGUUCGCUCAGACACUUCUGGGGACUUCCAGAAACUGCUGGUGGCUCUUCUGCACUGAGUCAAACCAGAGCAGUAGGAAUGUGCGGAGAGGUCGCCUUAUCAGGAUUGUUCAACAUAACAAAUCAAACCUCCAAACCAGGCUUUUACCUGAAAACCUUUCACCUCCUGGAUUGUUUCCUUGGCAAUGUAAGGUGCCCCAAGGCCAAACUGUUGAAAUCAAUUGCAGAAUCCUCCAAAUGCUACAGCAGUUCACCCUGAAUGCUGGCUUAGCAAAAACCUAAACCACAUCUCAAUUUUCCUUCAGCAUUAUGAGUGAGUGCUUCCUAAGCUGCUGGGGAGGAAAGCUGAACAUUUAUAAUAAAAUGUUUAGAAAAUUACAUGCCUCCCAGAUGUAUAGAGCCAAAGCAGAGAUUAAAUGGCUAACGUGGAGUGAAGACAAGAUUAAACGGUGUGUUCAUUUCC